AAUCCCAACAUAAUCAAAAUUUUGAUUUUUUUUUGGUAGAAAUCAAAGUUUGGAUCAGCAUUACCUACGUUUCGAUCCGAUCCGUUUACAGCCCUAUACAAGUCUACAAGUACAAAUACAAAGUAGAAGAAUCGAUAAAAAAGGAGAGAGAAAGGGGGUUGGUAACUGGUAAGGGGGCAGCGAGAAGCUGGAAGCAAGAAUGCAGCGGUUGAGAGGAAACCUACUACGGAGGUUCUCGUUGAAACAACCUACUGGAUUGAGUGGAAUUUGCACAUCUUCUACCAGGAAAAUCUUUGAUGCGGGACAGCCAACUGCCACAUCUCAUCCUCAGUUGGUAAAGGAAGGAGAGAUUACGCCGGGCAUCACUUGUGAUGAGUACAUCUCUAGGAGGCAAAGAUUGUUGGAGUUACUUCCGAAAAAUAGUGCAGCCAUCAUUGCAGCUGCUCCAGUAAAGAUGAUGACUGAUGUUGUGCCUUACCCAUUCAGACAGGAUGCUGACUAUUUUUAUAUAACUGGUUGCCAGCAACCUGGUGGAAUAGCAGUUUUAGGACAUGAGUGUGGUUUAUGCAUGUUCAUGCCAGAAUCAGAUGCUCAAGAUGUUAUUUGGCAAGGAGAAAUUGCUGGGGUUGAUGCAGCUUUGGAAACAUUUAGGGCAGAAAAGGCAUUUCCAAUGAGUAGAAUGCAUGAAAUACUUCCAGAUAUUAUCAGAAGAUCAUCCAAAUUGUUCCAUAAUGUGAAGACAGCUGUACCAGCUUAUAUGGAUUUGGAUGCGUUUUGCAAGGCAGCUUACAAUGGAAAUGUGAAAGAUCUUUCGGUUUAUACCGAUGAACUUAGAUGGAUAAAAUCACCAUCAGAACAAAAGCUAAUGAGAGAAUCUGCAUCAAUUGCAUGCCAGGCCCUACUACAGACAAUGUUACUUUCAAAGGCAUUACCAGAUGAGGGUAUUCUAGCAGCUAAGGUUGAGUAUGAAUGUAAAAUGAGGGGUGCACAAAGAAUGGCGUUCAACCCCGUGGUUGGUGGUGGGCCAAAUGGUAGUGUUAUACACUAUUCUCGAAAUGAUCAGAAGAUCAGUGAUGGUGACCUUGUCCUAAUGGAUAUUGGCUGUGAGUUGCAUGGUUAUCUUAGUGACCUUACCCGUACCUGGCCACCGUGUGGCAACUUUUCUUCAGCUCAGGAAGAGCUAUAUGAUUUAAUCCUAGAGACCAAUAAGGAGUGUGUGAAGCUCUGCAAACCUGGUACAAGCAUUCGUGAGAUACAUAACCACUCGGUUGAAAUGCUGCAAACAGGACUUAAAGAGGUUGGAAUCUUGAAAGAUGGUAGAAGCAAUUCUCGGACUUUCCACCAGUUGAACCCAACAUCUAUAGGUCACUAUCUGGGAAUGGAUGUUCACGAUUGCUCCAUGGUUAGCAAUGACCGUCCUCUGAAGCCAGGUGUUGUGAUAACAAUUGAGCCAGGAGUUUAUAUCCCAUCCUCCUUUGAUGGUCCAAAGAGGUACCAAGGCAUUGGAAUAAGAAUCGAGGAUGAAGUCCUGAUAACUGAAACCGGACAUGAGGUCCUUACUGGAUCAAUGCCCAAGGAGGUUCAACACAUCAAAUCUUUGCUAAACAACUACUCCUGUGAUGAAAGGAUGGAAACUAACAAUGACUCGAGGGUUGCAUUCAGGUAAAGAUCCUACGUUAGUUUCCAACUAAUAAUGACUCGAGUGCAUUUGUAAAGGAGUUGGGACAGAAGGAUUGUUAAGCAACAAAUUGGCUGCACAGAAGCACAUUUGUAGUCUGAUACUUCGAUCCUUCAAGUUGAUAAAGGGAAGACGUACCUUUAUCCAAUGCAACUUGCUGAAGGUGUGGACAGCAAGUACUUCAAUCUGUUACUUGGAUUUACCAAAAGAACAAAUUGUUACUAUGUUAUAAAAAAAUGUUGUUACCAAAGGAAACGCCUAGCUUAAGAUGAUACCAUGCAAGGGGGCGCUUAUGAUCCCGACUACUGUACUGAAUCUCCAAUUUAUCUACAUGUACGGUCCUUUUUUUUUGUUUUUUAUGCACAGAUAUUCAAGACGAAGCAUUUGGUAGAGGGUAGUCUGGGUUUAGCAAUAAUCUCUUGUUAUCGUCUCUGCUUGGUUAGAUAAGAUGACAUUCUCUAUCUUCAAUUUUGUCUAUUCGACAUUACAGUAAAUUAAAUCCAUUCAUAUUUUCCAA